AUGGACCACUUACAUCCACUACCCGGUAAUAUCCCCGUCAACCAUUUUCUUGCGCUACCCCGUCCAGACCAUGGCUUGGCCGAGGCCGGCACACCCGACACUUCUACCCUCGCUGCACACGAUUUCGAUGUCGAUACGCGUACCGGGUUUAUGCCCCCGCGCCCUCUCUUAAAGCGCUCCGAAGUACUUCUCCGGCGAGCGCACCAUGUCCUCGCAUGGGUUAUGCACUUUUAUAUACACUCGCUGCCCGUAUCCACGAGCGAGAUCCAUAUCCCCCCUCCCGUCACGCUCCCCCUCCUCCAGUUCCGGGGCGUCGAGGCGCUCACACUCAUGCGGGCCAUGAUGGACGAGGCCUUUCUCGGCGACGCGACCGCGAUCCGGCGCAUCACGACCUAUCUGCACACGCUCGCCGGCGUCGCUGCGACCCGACGUGUUCUACAACGAGAUCCGGCCCUGGUUCCGCGGCGCGGACUCGGACGGCAAGCGCAAGUGGGUCUUCGAGGGCAUCGAGCUCGACCCGCCCUCGGAGAGCCCACGGAGCUGUCGGGCCCGAGCGCGGGCCAGAGCUCGCUCGUCCACGCGCUCGACGUCUUCCUGGCGUCGACCAACUGCCCCACGGCGCCUGCCCGGGACGGGCGGUCCGGCCCGGCGACGGCGACGUUCAGCUCCGCGCCCGGCUCGUCGUCUGUCCCCUUCCUGACCCGCAUGCAGUCGUACAUGCCCCGGCACCACCGUGCGUUCCUCCGCCACCUCUCCUCGAACCCGCGCCCGCUCCGGACCUCGUGGAGACGCGGGCGACGAGAAGCUGCUGGAGGCGUCUUCCGCGACGAGCACGUGAAGAUCGUCGCGCUGUACAUACUGGUCCCGAGCAAGAAGGCACAGGCGGCUGCUGGGAAGACGAAGGAGGAAGGCGCGGCGAAGGGCACGGGCGGCACGGACGCGUUCCAGUUCGUGAAGGGCGUGCGCGACCAGACUGCAGGUGCUCUCCUGAAGCCUGGACAGUGA